AGUGACCGUGAGGCUGCAUUUUAGACAUGCGCAGACGCUCACACGUGUUCUCUGCAGGCGCACAGAAAGAAGAUGGCGGACGGUGAAAUUGCUUCGGCUAAGAAAGAGAAGAAGAAGAAGAAAGCAAAGAUUUCAGAUGAAGAAGUCGGGGAACUCCAAGAAAUGGGAGAUUUCCUCAUCAAACCUGAAUCCAAGGUUGCCAAACUCGACACGUCCCAGUGGCCUUUGCUGCUGAAGAACUUUGAUAAGCUGAACAUCAGGACGGCGCACUACACACCUCUGCCACACGGUUCGAAUCCCCUGAAGAGGACCAUUCAUGAUUACGUCAGAUCUGGUUUUAUUAACUUGGACAAGCCAGCAAAUCCAUCCUCUCACGAAGUGGUUGCGUGGAUCAAACGGAUCCUGCGCGUGGAGAAGACGGGCCACAGCGGGACGCUCGACCCAAAGGUCACAGGCUGUCUGAUUGUGUGCAUCGACAGAGCAACGCGAUUGGUCAAAUCUCAGCAGAGUGCAGGCAAAGAGUACGUGGGCAUAGUACGGCUGCACAAUGCGAUAGAGAACGAACAUCAGCUCGCGAGGGCUCUAGAGUGUCUCACUGGAGCUCUGUUCCAGAGGCCUCCUCUCAUCGCUGCAGUGAAACGACAGCUACGAGUCAGGACCAUCUACGAGAGCAAGCUCAUCGAAUACGACCCGGAGAAAAGACUCGGUAUUUUCUGGGUGAGCUGUGAGGCGGGCACGUAUAUCAGAACGCUGUGUGUUCAUCUGGGGCUGCUGCUGGGGGUUGGAGGUCAGAUGCAGGAGCUCAGGAGGGUUCGCUCUGGAGUGUUGGGAGAGAAGGACUGCAUGGUGACCAUGCACGACAUACUAGACGCUCAGUGGCAGUUCGACCACAACAAGGAUGAGACGUACCUGAGAAGAGUCAUCUACCCUCUGGAGAAGCUGCUCGUCAGCCACAAGAGGAUCGUCAUGAAGGACAGCGCGGUCAAUGCUAUAUGCUAUGGUGCUAAAAUCAUGUUACCGGGUGUGUUGCGGUAUGAAGAUGGGAUAGAGGUGAACCAGGACAUCGUCGUCAUUACGACUAAAGGAGAAGCCAUUUGUACAGCGGUGGCACUGAUGACGACGGCGGUCAUCUCUACAUGUGAUCACGGCGUUGUGGCUAAGAUCAAGAGGGUCAUCAUGGAAAGAGACACAUAUCCACGCAAAUGGGGCUUAGGGCCAAAGGCUAGUCAGAAGAAAAUGAUGAUCCAGAAAGGCCUUCUAGAUAAACACGGCAAGCCGAACGGGAGCACUCCGGCCAACUGGACGGAGGGUUAUGUGGACUACAGCAGUAAACCCAAAGCGGCAGUAGCUGCUGAAGAUGGUGAUGCUAAUCAGGCAGGAGCAAAGAGGAAACGUGACGAGAGCGGAAGCGAGGGCGAAGCCGCGCCCUCAACCCCAAAGACAGACGAGGUCAAGAAAGAGAAGAAGAAAAAGAAGAAAGAAAAGAAAAUGAAGCUGGCUGAGGAAGUAUCGGAAGCAGCAGAAGCCACUGAGGAAGCAGCAGCAGAAGGGGAAGCGGAGGUCACAGAAAGUGCCAAAAAGAAGAAGAAGAAAAAGAAGGUGAAAGAGGCUGAGGCUGGUUCAGACUGAAAAUCUCCACCGAUUGAUUGAUCAAAAAGACUGUUUAAGACUGAAAAUCUGAACUGAUCUAACAGACUGUUAAAGCUCAUCAUGUCAGGAUAAGGUGACGUGGCCACCCAUGGUGACGUAUCGGCCAUAAGCUCGGCCCUGCUCCUGUUUCCCUUCCUCACCCGAUCUUUCAUUGCCGUCAACCAAGUGACUGAAUUUAAAGAUGGGUUUAAUGUGUCUAAAGUGAAUUUCUGUGACCUCCAGUCAGUCUCUUUAGAUGCGUACACACUGAUUAGGCGUGUGUGUGUGUGUGUGUGUGUGUGUGUGUGUGUGUGUGUGUGAGUGAGAGAGAGAAGGCCUGAAAUCUCUGCAGGUAAAUCGUAUUCUGCAGUUCGGUUUUAUUCUGAAAGCGAUUCAACAUCCUCCCCUUCAUCAUUUGUUGAUUAAAAUAUCAAAUUGCAUAGACACAUGGAUUUCAGCUGUCAAAACUUUAAGAAUGUUUUGAAAGCUGUGGAUGAAAUUUCUCUUUUUGUAACUUUUCCUUGCAUUUUUUUUUUUUUUUUUUUUUUUUUUCCUCCUCCAUUCUAAUGGCAUAAUUAUUUCUGUUGUAAAACCUUUUGUCUUCUGCGUUUAUUUGUACGUUAAAGACUGCUCCUUUAUUUUGUAUUGUGUAUAUAACAGAGGAUCAACUUGUAAUCCUAAAGCAGAAGAGUUGGAUCAAAUAAGAUUUUUUUUUUCUAAA